CGCCCCGGGCAGAGGGUGUAGUAUCGUUGGGUGGGUCAGUCGCUUUAGACAACUUGCAUGUAUCGUUUCAAGUUUUAAGUUAUGGGUGCCGCGAGCAUCGUCUUCAAGGGUUUCAACCCCACAUUUCCUGCAAUGGACAACAACCAGAUUCUCCAGGGAGAGCUGUAAGGGAACCAGCCUUGCCAUGGAGGUGGCCAUGUCCCUUCCAGGCUCCGCCAUCGACUGCUAUGAAGAUAUGUUCAAAGAAAUAACCAGGAAGCUCUACGGUGAAGACGGUUUACCUGAGCUCAACGUGAAUGACAGAUUGUCUGGGAGUAUUGCUGAUCGCACAAAUCAGACUAAUGAAUUCGAAGUUGAAAACCACCUGCUUAAGAGUGACGAUCAUCUGACUGCUUUAGGUUUAGCAGCGUUGAUGCAGAAUGGCUUUCCAGCCAAUGGGAUUCUCAACACCCCGUUCAGUCAUCCACAGCACAAGGUCGAGGAUACAUGGACAGCUAGCGAGGAAGUGUUACCCUGGACACAGUCUAAAGUUGCCACAUAUAAUCCUCAUCAGAAAACAUUUCGAUGUAUGGAAUGCGACUGCGCAGGAAACUUAAGCAAAGUGGUUGAGCACUGGCUGGGCACGCACUCAAAUAUCAGGGCAUUUCGAUGUCCCCAAUGCCCAUAUGAGAGUGCAUGGGCUAAGUGCGUUAGAAUGCAUCUUGGAAGACAGCACAAUUUGGAAUUAGACGAAUCUAGAGCUUCCGAUAUCAUUUUAGAGAACAAUCCUGUUCUACAAGAGAUCACCAAGUAUCUGCAGAGGUUGAAAACGAAACUGGAUACAGUAUUCGUUCCUAAAACAAUUUCACAAGAUGAUUAUCAGCAGAGUAUCCGACAGCAAAGCGUGGACAAUACAAACCAAAACAACAAACGUUAUAACUGCACAUAUUGUCCAUAUGCAACUGAUAGACGUGAUCUCUUUACCAGGCACGAGAAUAUCCACAGAGAAGAGAAGCCAUUCCAAUGUUACGUAUGCCAAAAACAAUUCAACCGUGCCGACCAUGUCAAAAAACACUUUUUGAGAAUGCACAGGGAGCAUCCAUAUGAUUUGAAUCGGAUCAGAAGACAUCCACCGAAAAAUGCAUCUGGUAUGUCCUACUAUCAAAAAUACAAUUCAGGAUUGGCAAAUCCAACACCAGAUGCUAUGACCAGUUCAUUAUCCAUUCCGAAUGGUCUUCAGAGUUUGAAUAGACAGGUUGUUCCAAGAAUUCCGCCACCUAAACCUCAAUUUACCAAGAGUGUCGUUCCUCCAAAAUCUUCUGGAAAAAAACGUGGUGAGAAGAGAUUUAGCUGUUGUUACUGCUCUUGGUCUGGUGUCGACAAUUGGUGUCUUAAACGUCAUAUGAAUACACAUCUCAAACCCUUUGUCUGCGUUUUAUGCGACUACAAGGCAGCUAGAUCAGAAAGAUUGACUACUCAUGUCCUCAAAGUACAUAAUAAGAGAGCAUGUGGUAAAUGCAGUUUCUUGGCAGAUGAACCCUCACAACUUAUUUUGCACCAGCAAGAACAUCAUCCUUUGGAGCACAAAAAUAGAAGUGUCUCUAAUUCGUCUGUCUUGAGGACCAACAUGUUCAACGGUAACAGUACAAAUUCUUCAUCACCAUGCAGCCAAAAUGUGACACCAGCCAGACUGCCAGGCCACCAGACGAAGACCAAAACCACAACUUCCAAACAACACGGUGCAGCACGUCUAUUCAGCUACAUGGAAGCAAGCGAUGGGUCCGAACCAGAGAUGGAAACUCGGCCCAACGCAAUGGAUAGAAUCAACAUUUCCCACAGGAUCCAAUCGGAUUUUCCUGAAGCGGGGGAUGUGAGCGACAUUAGGGCCGAUGAAGAACUAGACGAAACAGAGCUUCCUCUAUUUAUUUGCCCUUCGUGCGGUUGUGAAUUCGAAGAUGACACGUCUCUGGACACCCAUCAGUACACACAUCGCAUAGCUACAUCUCCCGCUAAAUGUGAAUCCAAAGAGAAUGUUGAUCCUUCACCGAGCUACAAAUGCCAUAUGUGCGAUUCAUCUUUUGAGUGCCAAGCCCAAAUAAUCAGUCAUAUGUCCCAGCAUUCUACCAUGAACACGAAUUGUGUUGUUAAACAUGACGCACGCCCAAGAAGACGCAAGCAGGUGAAGCCACAGAAGGUUACAAUACCAUUUUGGGAUGCUUCUGAAGUAGAUAUUCUUCGUCACUUGAAUGGCAAACUACGUUCUUGGCGUAGCACGUCUUCAACAACUAACAUAAAGUUACAGGAUAAGUAUUUAGCUCAGCUGAUCACUAAACGUGGCUCGACUUGCUUUCUUUGUCCCAGAAACAAGAUAACUAGAUACCACACCAAAUCUUCGGCAGCGCUUCACUUCUUAUGGCGCCACAGCGUUCCGAAAUUUCAGUGUGAACACUGCGAUGCCAAAUUUCGGCAUAGAUACCAAGUGAUACUGCAUAGCAGUAGGCAACAUGUGAAAGAAUCUACUACCAGCAACAGUUCAUCUCUCUCCACGAAUAUGACUUCUCAAGUAGCAUCAGAUCUUAAUUCUGUUGGGGUUCCAAAACUAGGGGACCUUGGUAUGGCAUUUUUCGACCACUCUCUGGUGCAGUCUACAAAUUCUCUUAAUCAUCUACACAUUAUUAUACCCACUUUCCCACCAAACUGAUGUUCCCAUUCAAAAAAAAAAUUGACAUUUUACAUAGGUACAACUGAAAGUGACCUUGAAAAUUUUCCAAAUUCGAUGUGGUAAAACUAUAUUUUCCUUAAAUAUGUAGUGAUUGUGCAAUAUAUUAACCAAAUUGUUUUCAAUUUCUGUAGUUGUUUAUGGUUUUGUAUAGAAAAGAAAGAAGUUUUUUCAUUACAUAAUUACAGAAAUUUUUAUUUUUAUAGGAUUUUGUUGUUUUACUUACAUUAUGUUUAUAUUCAAUUAGUAAUGUUGAACUUAUGUUUCCUUAUCGUUGAUCUUUGUAUGUUAUGUGCAAGCUUUGUUAUUUUUUUCAACAUGUGAUUUAAUGUAAGUAUAAAUUCUAUUGAUAAAAUGAAUUUUUUCUAUUG